GUUUGUUCAGAACGGUCGUGAUAUGGAACGGGAAAACUAUAAUGCUGAAUAUUUCGAGAGAGCUUUGGCGAAAGCUUACGGUUGCGAAAUGCUGCGAGUGGAGAACUUUAACAUCGAAACAGUGAGCCAAACAGGCGAAAACUUUUGCAGCGUCAUCUACCGGGUGGUGUUGGACUUUCGUAGGUCCCCCGAUGGAGCUUUAGAAUCAGGAAAAUACAUCCUGAAAGAUCUCCUGCCCGUUGCCGCUGAAUUGGGCACAAACGAAAAGGAUAUGUUCGAGCAACUCCUGCCAGCCAUGUCAGCCAUACUCGAUAAAACUCCAAGGGAUUUCAGUGAAAACAAGCUGAGUGCAGAUUGCCUUUUAGCCGAGGCAUCAGCUGGCAAGGAGAUCUACCUAAUGGAGGACCUGGGCGCCCUAGGAUACGGAUCUUUGAACCGCUUUCAAGGUGCCAGCCUCGAAGAGGCCAAGAUUUGCCUAGGGAAAAUGGCCCAGUUUCACGGCUCUUCUAUGGUUUUGUUCGAAAAUCAACCAGAAUUGGUGGCGAAACUGAGACCUUCUCAUUAUGCCUAUGGGCUAACGGAUCCUUUCUCCAAGGCUCUUAUGCUAGAUGCUACUGAAUAUGCGGCCGAUGUUUAUGCAGAUCAACUGCCAGAAAUAUCAAAGAAAAUGAGGGCUCAAAUACCAGUUGCAUAUGCGCAAAGAAUGAAAAAUGUGGUGGAUCCUAAUAAGUCAUCCUUAAAUGCGGUUGUUCAUGGUGAUCUCUGGAUAAAUAACAUAAUGUUUGAUUCAGUUAAUAAGAAGGCAGUAUUUGUGGAUUUCCAGAAUUGUUAUUGGGGCAGCCCGACCGUAGACCUUUACUUCUUCUUUUACACCAGCGUUAAGCUUGAAAUACUGCUGAAACACCAGGAUGAUCUUCUGAAACACUAUUUGCAGAAUCUACAAGAGACCUUAAAACAUUGUGGCUUCAAAGGACCGUUGCCAACUUUUGACUUAUUAAAGGAUGAGAUGCAGCGCUGCUUGUUUUAUGGCUAUUAUGCAGUUACCUGCGAGCUUCCCAUUUGCUGUGCUGCCCCUGAGGUCAGCGCCGAUUUCGGGCUUAGCACCUUUACAGAUUCAGUAGCCAUGCUAAAGAAACGCCGCCAAUUAUAUGAUAAUAAGCGAGUGCUUCAGACGGUAAAGGAUAGUUUGGUCUACUUUAAUCAGCAGGGUAUUCUGGAAACUCCUUGAAGAAGGAAAUAUUCCGUCUCACUUUGUUAGAUUUCAAAUGCUUUGUAGUCUGCCAUUUUUAGUAUUUUCAACGCAACAAACUGUUUUUUUUUUGUUAUAUGAAAACCAUUUUUAUAUUCUAGGAAAU